AUGGGCAAGUUACCACUUACCUGCUCUCACCCAACUUCCUUUUCCUGCUCUCCAUAUGCAGUGUCAACUGCCAAGAUCUACUAUGGCCUGCAGAUGACUCCAGGAGAAAUCGUGGCCAUUGUGGUGGCCUCUGCGGUGUUCUUGCCCCUGCUGCUGCUGGUCGUGUACCUGACUUACAUCCGUGUUAAGGAGCAGAGGGAGAAGGAGAAGCGGGAGAAGGAGAGCAAGGAAGAGGGGGAGGCGGAGAGGAUGGAAGGAGGAGGCAGUGAGGGGGAGAGGGAGGAGGGGGGAGAGGCGAAGGCUGCUGCUGUGGAGAGUGGCAGUGGAUGGUGGUUCUUCAGAAAGAGCAGUGGUGGAGCAGAAAAGCCAGCAGGAGGGGAUGCCGCACUGCCAGCAGCAGGAGAAAAGGCAGCCGGGGAAGUGGCAUCAGCACCAUUGGCAGACAGCACAGCAGCAGCAGCAGCAGCGACAGUGGAGACGAGUGGAGCCGGUAAAGCAGAAAGGGCAGGAGGAGGGUGGAGGUGGCCUUGGCAGGCAGCUGCUGCUCCUUCCGCCGCAGAGGUUGCAGCAGCACACGCAGCAGCCGUUGCUGCAUCAGGAAGAGGAGCAGGAGGCGUGGGUGCAACGGGGGGUUGUAUGGGGGGAGCAGAGGCGCGGCCUAUGGUGAAUGAGAUGGCAACAAAGAGCCAUCCGAAUCUGGUGAGGCUGCUGGGGUACUGCAUGGACUAUGACCCGGUGGCGGAGCGCAUGGAGCAGAUCGUCAUCUACGAGUUCGUCGAUAAUGGCGACCUCGACCGCUGGAUUGGACCCCUGGUGAUGCUGACACUCAUCACAGCUCGCAAGGCCAUCUACAAUGCGGAUGCUGAUCAGAUCAACCUCAAGCAGUGGGUGGCUCCGCUGCUAGCCGCUGGAGACGCGGGCGCGAUGAGGGAUCCGCAGCUGGAGGCGCCGGACGACUUGGUGCUGCGCAUGGCCCGCCUCGCCCUGCGCUGCACCGCCAUGCCCACCGCCUCUCGCCCCUCCAUCAGCCGCGUGCUCGGCGAGCUGCUCGUCAUGAAGGAGGAGUUUCUUGGGAAAGACGAGGACAGGAUGGCGGUUCGCAUUGACCGCGACUUAGAGCUCUCCUCGGAUGUCAACCUGAGCAUGGAGAUUGCGCGUGCCCAGGGAGCAAAGAGCAGUGGAGGGCUCUCUAGCAACCCCUAG